UAAAUACAGCUGAAGUGCUUUGUUAUAGUUAUAAUAGUGAAAGACAUUGUGAAGUAAUUACGAUAGUUCAAGAUGAAGUCGUUGGAGUUGAUCGUCACCGGCGUCCUGAUACUCCACCUCCUGAACCCUUCUGAUGGCAUACUCCAAUCUGGCAAAGAGCUGUUCAACGUACUAUCGAACCUUGAGUAUCUCCAAAAGAGCGAUGAUCCUUGCGGCCCUCCGGACGUCCUAAUCUCCAUGUUGAAAGGCAAUGAAUCGGUAAAACCUUCUCAACUCGGAAUGAUGCUGGCCUCCAUGGACAAGAUAACCGAUACGACCGAUUCCCCAGAUCUGAAUUCGGUCUUUGGUUUCCUAGAAAAACCGAAUAAGCCAUCCUUUCUAGUAGAUGCUCUCUGGAGGUUGAAGUCCCGACUAGAAAUCUACCUGUCAAACAUCAACGCCUAUUACGACCGCUUUACGAACCUCCGGAAGAACAAGGGGCCCAUUAAUGUUGACAAUUGGAUGGCCCUGGCUACCGACAUCGAGAACGACAUAUCCUCUAACCUGAUUGCGUUCCGCACACAACUUCUGUCCCCCACUGUUCGAGGCAGGAAGGUUUCUAUCCUGAUGGAUGUCAUCCGCAGGAUCACUAAUAGGAGGACCGCUAGGUGCGAGGCAAUCUUCCCCCUGAAUGGAUUUUUCAAUCAGUUGUUGAACCUGGUGUUUACCACACAAAUGAAGGCGAUGGUUCCCCAGAUUUUUGCGACAUUACUGCGAGACUGUAGUGGCACUGUCUGGAGAGAUAACCUGAAUAGGCUGGCCAUCGAAUACAAAAACGAAUACCAAGAAAUUGGGAGACGUCUGGAAGAGCUCCUAACAUAUAUCAAGAACGAUAUGGUCCCAUGUCAUGAUGCCAAGGUCGCAAGUAUUAAAGGUCAGGAUUACUAUGAGCUAGAGGACACAGUGCACCUCUCACUUCUAGAUUUUCCGGAUCGUGAAGGUCACAAGAGCUGUUCAGACAUUCGGAAGAACAAAGAGAUGAGGUUUAUGUCCAUGAGUGACGAGUGUAGGGGCAAUUUAUAUGAUUGCGAUUAUGCUGAGCUGCGAGAGGAGUAUCAAGUGGAAAAUCAUUUGAAGUGGCAGGAGUGGAUUACAGCAUCAUAUGAUAGAUAUGGAGAUACUUCUAGGGACUGUCUUGAUGAUAUAUCUCAUUACUAUAUUGCGGAGAGGAAGCCUACCGUAGGUCAUUGUCUUUGCAUGUGUGAGGAGAAUCUUAAUCACAUAAGUGUUACACCAGUUAUGACGAAUCGAUCAGCUAAUAUGGUUGUAACUGGUUUUCGAUUUGUUCUUGAAAACCGAGUUCUUUACGUACAAGCGAAACAAGGAAAGUUGCUUCCUGGUGAGAGGAUUGAUCCUGCAUCGGUAGAGUGGAUUCCCCUGCCAAAGAAUCCAAAGGUGGUACCGUUAAAUUCCCAAAACGGCAAGUUUCAUAUCGGUGACGUAAUGGCCGAUGUGAACGAGGUGCCAGUUGGAAUUUCAUUCGUCCAAAACAACAAUAGCUUCUACCUUCAGAUGUAUGCGACUUCGUAUGUGUUCAAUCAAGGCAUCUCUGGGACGUCCAUUCGCGAGGUUCCUCCUCCCCAUCGAGAUGACCCCACGACAUAUGAACAAUUUCCACCUCAUCAUAUGGAAUUUGGGGCAGAACAAGAAGCAGUGAUCCCAUUGAUAGAUGCAAAACCUGCUGAGGCUGACCCACCAGCACUAUUGCGUGGCUUCGGAAUUGUAUCCGGCCGUCAAUUCUUUGCGCGGUAUACCCCGAAAAUUAUAGGCUUUAAUUACACUGAUGUAUUUAAAAAAAUUGAGAAUGGAACAUUAUACAUUUAAGAUGUAUCCAAAUAUUCUACAAUUGCGAUAGUGAUUGAUUAAAUAAAUAAAUAUUUUCUUCAAGCAAA